AUGCAGCCGGGCGUGAAGGUGUUCGUGGGCAACGUGCCCGAGGAGGCGUCGCAGGUGGAGCUGCGCGACCUCUUCGAGGCGGCCGUGCCGGGCGACGUGGUGAGGGUGGCCCUCAUGAAGCAGUUCGCCUUCGUCCACCUGCGCGACGAGGCGGCGGCCGAGCGCGCCAUCCAGAAGCUCAACGGGCACCUCCUGCACUGCCACCGCGUGGUGGUCGAGUUCUCCCGCCCGAGGCCCACCCACACCGUCAAGAUCUUCGUCGGCAACGUCUCGGCCGCCUGCACCAGCGGCGAGCUCCGCGUCCUCUUCCAGGAGUUCGGGCCCGUCAUCGAGUGCGACAUCGUGAAAGACUACGCGUUCGUGCACAUGGAGAAAGACGAGGAUGCUCAGACCGCCAUUGAACACCUGAACGGGAGAGAAAUCAAAGGCAAAAGGAUCAAUGUGGAACUUUCCAACAAAGCUCACAAGAGGGGGAUUGCAGGCUAUAUCGGCCAGUUUGGCGGAGAUGACAAGAACAAAAUCCCAACCUUAGAGAACAUGCAGACCAGGAACGACGGCGUGAGAUCCGGGAACCUUGCCUUCCCAAUGGCCAAUCCGGCUUAUUCUUCCGCUGACUACGAUUAUCAGCAGCGGAUGAAUAAUAACAACUUAACCAAAUUCGACUCGAACGGCCAAGCCAGGCAGAUCUCCCCGUCUUUCUUCAGAAGGGACCGGAGCCCGCUAAGACGCUCACCCACAAGAGCAGGCUACGCGCUUCCCAUGACUGGCCAGCAGGCUUCCUACAGAGAUCAGCCUGCAGCAUCCCUUGGGAUGGCCUAUAGGCCUCAGCCUACCACUGGGCAAGCAGCCAUGUACAGAGCCCAGCCCUCGACUAUGCUGGCCAAUGCAUACAGAGCCCAGUCCUCUGUUGCCAUGGGACCUUCCAAUUCUCAGACAGCAGCGGCCGCCGCGGCGUUAACAUCCUACAAUGCUCAAGCCUAUGGAACCCAGGCCGCUGCUUCCCAAGUCGCCACUUACGAAGCCCAGCCCUCCACAACGUACGCUGCUGCUUACGGGGCCCAGACCGCUGCCUCCUACGCCGCUUCCUACGGGGCCCAAGCAACUGCCCUCUCCGCCUCUUACGGGGCCCAGGCGGCAGCCGGCCAGUCCGCCUUGUACGCAGCUCACUCUCUCUCGGCCCAGCCUGCUUCCUACGGAGUCCAGCCCGCCGUUGGCCACGCUGCUUCCUACGGGGCUCAGGCGUCGUCUGCUUACGGGACCCAGUCUGCAGCCAACCUGGCAGCGGCCUAUAGCAUGCAGGAUGCUGCGGCGGCGGCCGCCGCUUACAAAACGCAGCUGUCUGCUUCGUUGCCCGCAGCCUAUGCAGUCCAGCAGUCUGCUUCGGCCCCCGUAGCAGCAGGGUAUAGGUCUCAGGCUUCGGCGUACAAUGGGCUGGCCCAGACCGGGCAGCAGGCAGCUUCCUACGCGGGAAUGUCCCAGGCAGAAACGGCCGCUCUCCACCCACUGUACGAACGGACACGUCUCUCCCCACCGCGUGGCAGCCGUGAGGAUCUCUACAGGAAGGCAGCUGCAAUGAACAAGAGGUACAGUUCUGAUCUCUCAGAUGACCGCCGUUUAUCUGACUUCUCUGAUUUCCGCCGCUUAUCCGACUCCCCCCAUGCGUACCGCCACUCGCCAACAAAGGCUCAACUGGAUUAUCGCCGCCUUCCCGAAAUGCAGUCUGAUGCCCGUUACGCAGGUGCCUAUGGCGAUUACUUGCGUAACGCACAACUGCAGCUGCAUGCUAGUUACCAGCGCCGUCUGUAGGCGAAAUUCCCCGUCUUCUGGGGUGGGACUCUCGUUGCCGUGGCCUCCGCCGUCGUAACCCGUAGAGCAUAAUUCCAGCAUCUGCGUCCUUAGGGAGCAGUUUGAUUUCAGAAUAUCCUUUUAGACCUGAACAUUUCUCGAUCAUGGGUGCCCUAGCUCACUUUAGUUCUUAACAUUUCUUUUUUUCUUUUUUCUUUUUGUUCUUCCUUACGCCAUGUAAAGGGUGCGCUAUUUACCUUAGUCAGCUAGGUGAGUCCUACACGCUGCCCCACGAUGAACGAUUUUCUGGGGGAAAAAAAUCUUUUGAGUGAUUCCCUUAAACUUACCGUUAAGGGCACUCUGUUCAGCCUCAGUAGCCUCGUACAUUGGUGCACCCUGGACCUCUUAAAACCAAAGUAUGGUGUGCGGGCUGGUUGUUUGGCACAAAAGAACAACGUCCACUUCAGUUUCCUCGGUCUGGCCUGUCUCGAGAUCGCACCAAUGAGAGACAGAAAAAAUUCCACCUAGUCACCUUCAUUUUAAUGAUGAGAGAAUCACCUUUUCAAAUCAGCUCAGUUGCUUUUUAUGUAACGGCAUCCUUCAUUGAUUUAUGACAGUCUAUGCUGUGCGAGUAACCCUUAUGUUAGAAGUGAGUUUAGAUCCUUUUUUCUUUUUUGGUAUUACUGUAAAUAAAACGGGCUCACCGACAUUU